CAACAACACACAUAAUCAUCAUACUAUUGCAACCCGCACGUACCUCCCUCCCUCAACCACCAACUCCAUAAAAAACUGCCGCCAAUACUUGCAUCGCAAUCGCCUCAUCUUCGCGACCACAAGCAUACCCGUCGCUACCAUGUCGUCGUCCAGUUUCCUCCAGAAAAUGCGCAAGGCGCAGCUCGAGGAGCUCGCAUCAGACCUUGACCUGAGCCCGAGCGGCCAGAAGAAGGCGGAUCUCGAGCUCUUGAUCGACUCGUUUCUAAGCCAACACCCAGAGAUGUCCACAGACGCGCGCGUCGCGCCCUUCUACAAACGCCGCUCGACCAACGAGCUCUCCCCCGUCAAGAGAGAAAUCGCAGCCGACGCAGAGAAGAUCGUCAGAGUCACCAAGCGACGCGCCACAAAGGCUGCUGACGAACUCUCAAACUCGGUUGACGACUCCGACGUCGAGCCCGCAACCACCCGCGCGCGCUCUGCCUUAGUCCGCACGCCCGCGCGCGCCCUCUCCCUCGCGCAAUCCGUCCCGCUCCCCCCCUCCCCCUCCGUCGUCGCCGACGUCCUCGAGCGCCGCACCGCAGCCAUCCGCUCCCAAAUUGUUGAAGUCGCCUCCUCCACCGGCGCCACCGAAGCCGUCGAGUCCGCGCGCGAGUCGCUCUCGAGCCUCCUCAGCAUCGAGACGAUAAUCCUCUUCUUCGAAGCCGCGAACCUCCGCUCCGAGAUCCUGCCAGACCGCUACGCGUUCUCCAUCCCCGCCCUGCCGAUGCUGAGCAAGAACCCCUACCCAGUCUCGCUACCGGAUUUGUUCCUCCUCCUCACUUCGAGCUUCUGGCAGCCAUUCACCCUCUGGCUGGCGACUGCGCUCGUUGUCCCGUUGGCGUUCGCGUACUUCUUCAACCUUACCGCUCGCCCCCGCUCCCGCGGCGCACAAAGGUUCGAGUACCAGUUCGACCCGCUCACUUUCAAUGUUGCCAAGGCGAUUAUUACCUACGCUGUAUUUUCCCGCGGCGCCACCUUCUGCGGCCUUGUUGAUCUCGAGUCCGUCGCGCGCAUUCGCUCUGCGGCAGCUGGAGGAUGGGAGGGCAUUGUCGGCGGCUGCGCCGUAGGCGCGUUGGCGACGAUCUACGAGGCUAUCAUCCGGAAGUAGACACCUGUCUGCUUUCCGCCUGUCUGCCUGUUUAUUUGUUUCGCGCCGGGGAGUCCUCUUUGAAGGUCUAUUGAUGAAAAUACUCUUGUUCUGCUUAUGCGCCUCUAUUUGAAUUUCCGCUGCUUUUCUACUGUUUUUCUCUUCGUUGCGGCUGUGUCGCGGUACCGCGCCCUCCCCUGCCCUGUUCAUCUACCUAUAUCUCAACCAACUAACUACACAUAACCUACUUUAUUCCGUAGGGGGCCGGGCUGGCGCGGGGCGUUUCGGAGUCAGGUUUUGGGGGGUGGAAUGUGUAUAUGAAUGAUGUGGCCUGCUUGGGAAGCCUUGAUGGGUCUUGGGUUUUGUGUCCUGUGUCUAUGCGGGUAUACUGUUUUUGUUUUUUAUUUUUUAUUUUUGGAUUAUCUCCAGUUUUAUCGUGGUUUUUGCGUGAUUAAAGGGGGGUUGGUUUAUGAGGGAAUUAGUGGGGAUAGUAGGAUAGAGAAGGGGACGUGGGAAUGGAGGGGC